UACAUAUUUUCUGGCGCGCGUUUGUAAUUAUCCAAAUUUGGUCAUAUUGAGCAUCCCCCAAACUUCAUGUUACAGCGAGUUCCCUAACUAAACCACCGAGCCCUACUAAAUGUCCUUUAGAAGCUUCACACCAGCGCUCAAGUCGAGACCAUCUCGUCCUCCACCUAGUUCACACUAUAGCCAUGCCAAUGAGCGAAGUCUCUCAGCUCAGCAUGAUGACGAGGAAUCAGAAAUACACGGACCAGAUGAUACUAGUAGAAGCCAUCAAAGAAAAAACAUCCACCCACCUAGAGGGGUUGCGUCCUCCCCGGUAUUUAUUCCCUACCCAGCCAGCAUCCACAAGUACACGCAGUGGUACUCAGCCUCAUCACCGCGUGAAUACAAAACCAAUACCCAACGAAUUGAUCGAUCCCCACCUUCUUGAACAGUCGUCUGCCCGCAACAUUGGGGCAACUAUUAAAAAACUUGUUUACCGAAGUCUCUGGCCUUCAGACUCUGUCAGCCGGCUUACCUCCGAAGUAAGGGAGCUUGUGAAAAUGAAUGGUCAACUAGAACAGGAAUGGUCAGAAAAACACGAAGCAUUGUUAGAAGAAGUGGCGGAGCUCCGUGGAGAGAUACUUAAGAUAAAGUCAACUCCUGACAGCGGGCCGAAGCAGCCUGCCAAAACUGGUCGCUUAACGGAACUUGAUGUGAGUAUGAAGAAAUGUUGCAUUGACUCAAAUACACAGACAACCCUUCCCUAGAAAGCCAUCCGUUGCUGCUUUGAUCAUGCACA